CUUCUGUAAAUUUUCUCUUUCGUUCUGUUAAAUUAUUCAGCUCCAAUUAAUCACUAGUUACAACAAAAUUAAAUCACAAUUAUUCUUGACCGUCUUCUUGUUUUUUUUCUCUAAAUUAUAGCUCAAACUGCUCAAGAAUUAUAAUGUCAUCAUCAACAGAAAAUUACAGCAACACCAAUGGCGAAUCGACCAGCAAUCGACAAGGCUGCGCGGCAUGCAAGCAUCAACGGAGAAGAUGCAGAAGCCAUUGUUAUCUGCAACCCUAUUUUAACUUCGACAGAACAGAAGAUUUUCAAGCGACUCAGAAAAUUUUCGGAAUAAGCAACAUGAACAAGAUUUUGAAAGAACUUCCAAUUCAAGAUAGGCCAAGAGCUGUUGAAUCUUUAGUUUGGGAAGCUCAUCAAUGGAAGCAAGACAAAGUUUAUGGACCAUUAGGGAAAUUUAACCAGCUUCAACUGGAGAUUUCAACGUUGAGAGUUCAAAAUCUUCAGUUAAAUCAACAAAAUCAGUUCUUAAAGAAUGCUGUUUAUACUAAUAAUUCGUCUGCAAAUAAUGAAAUUUGUGUGAAUUAUGGUAAUAGUAGCAGUGAGAAUUCGGAAUUGGAGUUUAAUAACGGUAACGGCGUUAACGUUGAUGUUUUAGGUCUGAAUAAUCAGUCUUCAUGGGUGGGUUUACUUGAGCAAGAUAAUGUAAGUCAAUUACCGAUAUGUCCUUUGCCUAGAGAAGACAAACUCUUGGGGCUUAAUAAUAGUUAUGUUGAUAAUAGUGAGCAAGCUUUUUUGGAAGUAGAGCAAAGAGGAAAUUCUCAAGUAUAUAGCAAUGGGCAAUCUAGUAAUAUUAUGCAUGGACAUGGGAAUCAGUUGAGAGGAGAUUUUCAAUGGGCAAGACCAGUUUCCUAUGCAGAUUAUCAUCAGUUUCGUGUCCGAAAUCAUAAGACAGGCUAUAUAAAUAUUCUUGAUUUUCAACAACCGUCGAAUUCAGGCCAGCAGCCGUUGAACGGUGGCCGGAGCUAAGGAGUUGAAGAUCAAUUCAGCUUGGGCAAUGCUAAUGCUAAUACUAAUGCUAAUGGUAACAUGAAGAUAGAAGAUUUUGGUCUUUAGAGAAACUGUAUAAAAAUGUUUAUUUUUCAUCGAGAUCAAUUUAAUCUAAACCCGAAGAUGGGUAAGAAGAAUACACGCAAUUUCUACAUAUUAAUGUAAGUGGUGAAUUUUUCUAUUU